GGAAGCAAUAAAAGUUCCCUAGGGAUGACACUGCCAGUAGCAAUAUAUGAACCACCAUCAGGAACUACCACAUCUCAACCACUAUUUAAUAUACUAUCAUAUGUACAACUACGACAACUAUAUCUGGGAGAUAGGAGGCAAUAUGACGAAGAAGAAAAUGAUACAUAUGCCCCUGAUUAUGAACAAAAUAUCCUAUUUGGAUAUGUUAAUGACGAUGAUGAAACAUUACAGGAAACAUCUUUCUUUGACAAUACAAAUAAACUAGAGAGAGGAGGAACCCCAAGUAGAAUACCUCGAAGAGUUACAUUUAAUACAAGUAAUGAUAGGAGAUCUCUAUCCCCUAUUAGGGUAGAAAAUAUUCAACAAUUAGUAACCUUAACAUUAUCCAGUAAUCAAUCAUUAAGGCCAUCAAAUUUAAGGGUAACAACUCUAUCGGUAGGAAAUACAAAUAGUGGAUCAUCAUUAGGAAAUCCCUACAAUUUUUCCCAAACAACUCAACAUAGUUGUAUAUUUGACCCCUUGGCAUCACUUAAUCCUCUCCGAAAUAGCAACCUAUCUACAACCUUUAGUUUUAUAACUGCAAACUGGCAACCAGUAAAUAACCGUUGGCUUAAAAGUAACUCAAGUAACAGAAGAAAUAAUACAAUGGGACAUCAAAAUGUAACUACCAAAGGAACCCCACAGUCAAUAACAUCAGUACCUAGCAGUCAACCGUCAAAUAAUAUAAACACCUUUCAGCCAAUACUUACACCUCAACCAGCUAUAGUACCACUUCAAGGACAACAAACAAGAGAACAACAAUUAGUAGAUUUACCAAUAUUUAGAGGAGGAAAUCAGGACCCAGUGGAGUGA